UAUUUCCUCCGUAUGGGUAAUGCCAAGACAUUAAAUAUGGAUUGCCUGCCAACUUAAUCGGGGUCAUCUCGUCACCACUUGUAUUGUAUGGUAACUUUCGGUAAAGGAGCCACUGGCCGAGUAUUUGCUCUCAAAAGAACAAAGAAUCAACCCGGUAGAAGUGAGCAGAUACCUACCGCUUGCUUUUUGGAUUCAGCGACAACGACAAUACGCACGGAGGCGUAUGCGGGGGUGGCACCACCCGUGGUGGACACACUCUGUUUGGUGCUCUGAAACGCAUAUGCCUAAAAACGAGGUAAACAAGGUAAACCUGGUUAGCAGCUGGGGGCCGGAUUCGGGCACAAGACGAUGGAGGGGCAGCGACUCCGCAGCUUCUCACCAUCAUGUCUCUCUCGCCCGGAAACGAGGAUGCUCCCUCUGACCUUUCUUUUACGACCUUCAACCCGACGGGCAGCACUACCGUUGUCCUGAUCCACGGGGCGCUGGUCUCCGGCCUCUACUGGGACCUGGUCUGCUCCCAUCUUUCCAGCUCGUACCAUCUCCUGGUCCCCGAUCUCCCCGGCCAUGGCAGGUCCCGCGCGAUUACCCCGUUCACGGUGGAUGAUUCGGCGCGUCUGAUUGCGAACCUGAUCCGCGCCCACGCCGUCAACGGCGUCGCCCAUAUCAUCGGCCAUAGCCUCGGGGCCCAGGUCGCCAUCCGCCUCGCCGUCACGGAACCCGACCUGGUCAGCUCUGUCUUUGUCUCGGGCUUUGAGAUCUUUCCCCGCACGGCACUCACCCCGUACAUACCGUACGCGGCAUGGACCGUACCCCGACUGGAAAAUGGCCUCCCCCGAUCCUGGAUCCGCUGGGCAAUGGAUGGGGCGGACAUACCUCGCAUUGACCCUGAAACGUGCACCCUCGACUUGUGCCGACAGAUCGUCUCCCCCGAGCGUCCGACACAGUGGCCGGCGCCAUGGCCCGCACGCACCCUCAUUAUAGCCGCAGGAAAAGGCGGGUUCAUCCCCACGAGUGAUCACCCGCAUGAUGCUGCCCACCUGAUGCAGAUCGGGCGAGAGCUAAACCCGGAUACGAUUGCCUAUACGCAUCCUCAAAUGCGGCAUCCGUGGAAUCGGCAGGCACCGCAGCUUUUUGCACAGACGGCCGAGGCUUGGUUUGAGGGGAGAGAGCUGCCAGAGGGGUUUAUCAAGCUAUAAGCAACUUGUACUUAUACUGCUACUACCCCUAGACAUAAUUAGACCUGAUUUGGUAGUGACUAUUUGACGUUCAGCCAGUUGAGCUUGCAGAAUUGUUGAUGGCUUGACCAAUAAGGGUUUCAAAAGAAGACUCUCAAUGGAACCUGGCUGAAAGAGAUCCCUCGUUGAGACCUGGAAAUCCCUACACCUCCAUUUAUAGAGGCCACGGCCCAGCUCCAUCCCCUCGUCUCCACAAAUUGGCUAGUGCGUGUGGCCAGCCAGCAGUGGCACCACCAUGAACCGCCCAACCAAAUGUCACAUAACUGGUUAUCUAACAUAAGAUAUUGUCAAAUUCCACCGAA